UAUACAUACAUAUUAAUGAAUCAUUUUGUUAUCGCUAACCGGUACCUUCGCUAUACCUAGUAUCUGCUGGACGCACGAGUUGUUUACUUCGAUUCUAGAUACGGAACGAAUAUUGCUGCGUUUUGUGGCCAUUUUUUAUUUGAAUAAAAUUGUGUGAAAAAUUCACUCCGGUCCGCCAUCUUGGAUCAGUUUGGUGUUGGUUAUCUGUGGUGCCUAAUGUCUUAAAACCAAAAGAACGAUUUUAAAAAUUCAAUAAUCUCGAAUUUAAUUUUUUUUUUUUAAAUAAAAAAAACUAACCGGCCAGUAACAAGAAGUAUUAAAACAAAUUAUUUAUACUUUUUUAUUUUAAUUAUUUUUUAAAUAUCGUCUGUAAAUAAAAUAAAUGGUUUAAAUGAAUCAUGCUAAUAAGUUCUUAGUGUGAAAUGUGAAUGAUUUUAAUAGAAAGACUAAACUUAACCUCAUAACAACGGAUUACCUUGGAUGUUAUUGUAAGUUAAUGAAAUGGUAGAUCUGGAAGAGUUAGCUGUACAACUGUUCGACGCUGGUGCGGUGAGACUGGGAGACAUCGAGGCCAAAGUCGGUCGACGGACUCCCAUCUACUUCGACCUCAGGGUUAUAGUGUCGCACCCUCGUAUUAUGAUGGCGGUAGCGCGGCAUUUAGAAAAAUUAGCAAAGGAAAUAAAUCACGAUGUACUUUGUGGUGUGCCGUAUGCAGCCCUUCCACUGGCUGCAGUGAUGUCCGUCAACACCGAUACUCCAAUGAUCAUGAAACGGAAAGAAACAAAACUAUAUGCAACAAAAAGAUUGCUGGAAGGCAUUUAUUACAAGAACCAGAAAUGCCUCGUCGUGGAGGACGUAGUGACAUCUGGCGGCAGUUUGUUGGAAACUGUUGAAACGAUACGUAGGGAAGGCUUGGUGGUCUCUCAUGCUGUAGUAGUUCUUGACCGCGAACAAGGUGGCGCUAGUGUACUUGAAGCAAAUGGCGUCAUUGUUAAAUCUGUAUUUUCGUUAUCAUGUUUAGUUAAUACCUUAUAUAAAGCCGGUAGAAUUAACGACGAAACUGUAGGAAUGAUAGUUGAUCAUAUUAAGGAAUGCCAGUUUGGAAUGAAAGACAAUUUAGAUUAGGUUUUAACCUAAAAACUGCACUAACCUAAUCUACACUUACCUACAAUGAUAUUAUAAGUAUUUAAAAUGUUUGUCUAAUAGCUUUGCUUACCUAGGUAUCGUCAACUGCCCUAACCUUGCACGGAUUUCGAUAUUUUAUGACUGUCGUAUUCCAAAAACACGCCAACGUUGCAUUUAUCAAUAUUUUUCAGUAAAUAAUCAUGUAAAUCUAUUGUUAGUAAAGAAACAUUCUUGAACAA